AUAAUUUCCUUCCUCUUAAUUAUGGCCAUUUUGGUUUUUAUAUUUCUGAAUAUGAAAAAAGAGAAAAAAAAUUCCCAUAGAUAGCAACCAAAUCACUGAAUCAGCAACAAAAAGGAAACAACAAGAUCUUCCAUGAAAGAUACUUCGAAAAGAUUUCAUUUUGAGGCCGUACACUUCUUUGUUUUAAAGACCCAGAAGCGUUUUAGCCUCUUUUACACUCUCUUUCGUUUUUCAAGCAGCAGGAAUAAUAAAAGGAUACAAAUAUAGUCCUUUAUUUUUUGUUUUGUAAAGCAGGGGAAAAGGAGAGAUAGACAAAUGUUUGAAGAAAACGAAAAGUCUUGUAGUUUUCCACGAGAACUAAUUGGAGUGAACGUGGGUCUUGCGUUCUUUGAUGGCAUUAUUGCCGUUAUUGCUUUUAGUCAGCUAGCACGGAUUCACUGCAGGAAUUUACAGCUAGGAUGGACUCGCCAGAAAGUGUUCCAUUUACUGAUUGGUUCUACUAAUGCUGGUUACUUCGUUUAUUUUGUCUUGACUCUUGUUGCUGCAUGCAGAGGGUGGCUAUGCUGGUCAUACUCUUGUGGUUUUGUAGCCAUGGCCUUCCCCAGAAUUCUAUUCUUUGCAACAUUUCUUCUACUUUUGUCAUUCUGGGUCGACCUUUGCCACCAGGCAGAUGAUGAAGAGGAAGAGGAUGACGAACAGGGCUUUCUAGAAGCUUUUCUACAAAAUUCCUUAAAUAGACCAAGGUCAUCAACUACAGAUAGUCGCAGAAUAUGUUAUCCUUUCCGUUUAAUUCAUGUUGGAAGCCGUCAAAAAAUAGUGAUUCUGGUUACUGUUCUAGUAUUUCUUUUUAUGCUGACAUUUGCUGUGCUAAUCUGGAUUGGGAUGGAAGAUAAUCCUAUUGAUUCCUCAACUGUAGCUCGGGUGUAUGUAGAUCUUUUUGCUGCCGCAAUACUAUUGUUAGGUGGAGCAUUAGCAUGUUAUGGGCUCCUAUUAUGCCGGAAAAUGAGGAAUGUUAGAUCUGAAAGAGCUUCAUCUGAGAUCUGGAAGGUUGCAGGUUUGGCCAUUGUAUCUGUUCUAUGUUUCUCAUCGAGUGCUUUGGUGGCUCUUUUGACUGAUAUUCCAGUACUUUAUCACUGGCAUGAACUGCACAUAGAUGGUGUUUAUACUUCUCUUUUCCUGAUUUUAUAUUAUUUUAUAGGUUCAGCAGUGCCCUCCGCAUUUGUAUUAUGGGUCAUGAGAGAAUUACCGCCCAUGUCUGCUAACACACAAGAAGAAUCAACAACAGUUUUCAUUACUGAUUGUCCAGCUGAAAUCCGUCAUCCUCAGAGCUGGGCUACUGCAGCAAGCUCGCGGAAUCAGGUAUCAAGAGGUAGUCCUAUAUAAUUGCUCUUUCAUUCCUAAACAUGUAUGCUUAUCUUCCCGAGCGAGCAACGUCAGCUGGAAACUGGAAAAUCUGAUGAAAUAAGAGUGGAUUGCGCAAUGAGCAGCAAUCGAAAGGUUACAAUUGCUGACUUGGCGGGGCAGUCGGAGUACAGCCGUAAGGUUGCCAUUGCCUAUGCCAUGUUUUUGACAUUUGGAGCAUGUAAAUAGCACUGGAAUGCUGGAUGAUUUUUCUGUUUCUUUCAACUUCCCCAUGGUUGUCCAAUUGUAAAGACAUUUGAUAUGCUUAUGUCUUCACCACACGCGUAGGUAUUUAAUGGUUCCUUAAUAGAUAAAUUAAAGCCAUUAUUUUUUA